AUAGCUCUGAUAUGUCUGAUUCUCAACAAAUUUAGAAAUCGAUGUUUAUCCUACAAUUAUCCCUCCAUUCCUCAAUUCCUCCAUCCCGCAAUGAACUUCAUCCCCUUCACCCGUAUCCAUUCACUUGUGCACUUUUAAUAUUGAUGAACAGCUGAGAUUGGGCCUCCUGUGUCUUUCCGCCAAGCCAGGCUACAAUCAAAACGAACAAAAUACUCGAGUGACUCGUUCAAGUUCAUAUUGUCGUGUUUGACAACCAAAAACACCGAACAAAAACCCUAUUUCCUCCAGAAAACCUCAAAUUAUGGCUAGCCUAGACGAUAAACUUCUCGGCUACAAAACUCAGAACUACGUUUCGAGUUCUGAAAGCGAAGAGGAAAGUGAAGAAGGCGAAGCACAACCGGCUCCAGCGACAUCGAAAGAACCUUCAAAGGACUUUCGAUUGGCUUCUGAAACAAAGACAGGGCCAAAAGGUGUCUUACAAGAUUUCCAAAGGUAUAAACAGCUUGAAACAGAGCAAAGACAUCAACAAGAAGAAGAAUUAAAGGCCUUGGUCAAUAAGUUUUCCAUUAGUUGUCAAAGCAGUUUGGAUGAUGAAAAAGAGAAAGCAUUAAUGAAAGAAUUGGAAAUUGAGGAAGAUGAAUUCUUAAAGCAAUAUCAUUUCAAACGACUUCUUCAAAUGAAAGAAGAGCAAGACCGCAAAAUAUCUGAGACAAGGCCCAAAUUUGGUCAGGUAGUAGAGAUAGCAACUAGUGACUCAUUUCUUCAUGUGAUUGACAAAGAACUUCUACAUGUUGUGAUUGUUGUUCAUUUAUAUGAUGAGGAUUUGCCAAGCUGUUUAUGCAUGAAUGAAUGUCUUGAUUGUUUAGCACUGCAGUAUCCCAUGGUAAAAUUCUGCAGAGUAAAAGCUGUAAUUACAGGAAUAAGUGCAAACUUUAGAGAAAAUGGUCUUCCUGCUCUGCUUGUUUACAAAGGGGAACAGAUGAUAGGAAACUUUGUACAGUUAGAGGGUGUGUUUGGAGAUCACUUUCAUUCAGCAGAUGUAGAAAGUUUUCUAAUUGAAAAUGGAAUUUUAUCAGAAGAACCAGUUGCGAACCCAUUAAAGUUAGUAGAAAAGACAAGUCCAAGUAAUGAAGAGAGUGACAGUGAUCUUGAACUAGAUUGAAUUCAUUUCUCAUGUCCAAGCAAAUAGAGCUUGUUUUUUUAAGAUAAAGAAAAAAUGGAGUAUAUGCCUUAUUAUAGUAUGUCCCUUUAUGAGCAACUGAUGUAUUAUGUCUAUAGUAAAGAAUAAUUUGUUAAUGAAAAAAAGAAGUAUUGGAAAGUUGAUGGCCUACAAGCUAUGGACAGCACGACCCUACAUACAUGUCCAGAAAGAUCCAAACUUCCUACCAAUAUACAGUUGCAGUCGGUUUGUCACUUUGUGCAUAGGAAGACCUACACACUAAUUAGAAUUCCCAGUAGAUCAGGAGCUCAGUGGUUAGAGCAUCUGACUAGAUUUUGGGUUUAUUUUUCCUGAGGUAGUAUACCCAAAAAUUCCUUAACUGCAGUCGAAUACCCUUACUAUGACAGCUCGGAGUACCAACCUCCAUAAAACAAAUAGAUUGAAAGUAAAAGAGAGGAGGGUCAUUUUGAAGUUAUUUAUUAUGAGUUUGAUUUCAUCACUUUCAAAACCCCCACUUGCCGUAUAUUCCCAUAUCCACCCAUAUCCAUGACUGCUGUUGUAAACAUUGUGGAGCACUCAAGCACUCAACCCUAUAUCUGAAUAGAUUAUUCAUUCAAUUAUCCCAUUUCUAAUCUCCUUAUCUUGUGAGUGUAGCUCACUUUUACUGUCUCAAAAGGUUUAGUAAUCUAAAACAUCUUGUAAUUGUUUAAAGUGCAUAUGACACGAAAAAAAUUGAAUGUUAAAAAUGUGUAU